CAGUUUUGACCAUAAAGCCUAGUUUGGUGUAGGUGGCUUGUAGGCACGAUCUGUGCUGAAAAAAGCGGGCGGGCCGUAUAAAAACACACCUCCUUUUGUCUCCUCCACUGCCAACGAAUUUACGAAAUGGGAAAAAAGAAAGGCUCAAAGCAAAAGAAAAACGACGAUUACUGGGACGAAGAGUUUGAACAGGAAGCUGUCGCGACGGGUGCUGCCCAGCCCGAAGAGGAUGGCGAAGCCUUAGAAAAGCGUACUGCUGCUUUUGACGCUUUGGCCGAACUUAAUGACGAUGACGAUGGACUUAUGGCCAUGGUCAGCAAAGCUGCAAAGACUAAGGCAAAGAAGAACAAAAAGAAGAAUAAGCAGGCCGAGCCUGAAUACGAAGAGGACUUUGCUGCCGCAGUAGAGGAAGAAGAAGAGCCUAAACCAGAGCCGGCACCACAACCUGCUUCGAAGAAGGGUAAAAAGAACAAAAAGAAUAAGCAGCAAGCUGAACCCGAGUACGCAGAAGAUUUCGACGAAUUGCUUGAUGAAGAGCCAGAGCCAGAGCCCGUUCCUGAGCCUACAUCGAAGAAGGGUAAAAAGAACAAAAAGAACAAGCAGGCCGAACCUGAGUACGAGGAAGAUUUCGCCGUCGAAGAGGAGGAGGAACAAGAGCCUGCACCUGCUGCCGCAGCUGAAGAUGACGCUGACGACUUUGACGACGAUUGGUCGAACGAUAGCAAAAAUAAAAAGAACAACAAAAAGCAACAAAAGGAGCCCGAGCCUGAAGCCGAGGAGCCUAAGCGUGUCUUGUCCAAAAAGGAAAAGGAGCGUUUAAAGAAGGAACGACAAAAGGAAGCCAAGCGUCUGGCCAAUCUCGAAAAGAAGAAGCAAGAGACUCCUGCGAAGAAGGAUGAACCAGCAUCAAAGGCACCUGAGCCAGUAUCCGCUCCUACACCUCCUCCCGCCGCCGCUGCUGCUGCUGCUGCUGGUGGCAAGAAGGGCAAGAAGGGUCCUGCUGGCGUUGCGGCUUUGAGAGUAUGUUUUUGCUAUUCAUACGAUGGUCUAUUGCUAAGAUUUGUGUGACUCAAUUCUUAUUGCCGAUUAGAAAAUGCUGGAAGCCCAAAAGGCUGCUGAAGAAGAAGCCAAGCGCAAGGAAGAAGAAGAACGUAAGAU